AUAUGUCACCAUCCUCAGUAUAUUACUGAUGGAAAAGCUUCUAGGUAGAUGAAGAUCGAUCAGAGAAGCCUCGUAGAUUUGGAGUUACAGAGAUGAGAGGGCCUCAAUACACUCUAUUGAGCCAGAACAUGCUUCAAGUAAGUUGUGGAAAAUGGGCUAUUCGAUUUAGAACGUUAAGGAGUCUUCAAGUAAGUUUGUGGAAUUGUGAUGUAAUGUCAAGGAAGCUUAAUGCAGAUCGAUUGAAUUUGAGUCUUUAUUUGCUUCUUACUUGUGCAUGUGCAUACUCGUAUAAUGCUUGGCAGGAUGUUUUCGAGACAACGGGGCAAUUUGUUGAUGGACUGAAAUUCUCUGGUGGUUCUCAUAGUUUGAUGCCAAAGUCUUCUAUUAAAGAAGUGAUUGACAUGGCUCACAAGCAUGAUGUGUAUGUUAGUACUGGUGAUUGGGCUGAGCAUUUGCUUCGUAAAGGUCCCUCCAGCUCCUCGAAGCACUGGUAUAUCUUUGUUGCGCAGAAAUGGUUGAAGAUGCUGAUCUCCUGAUCAGAAUGGCCGAGAGGUGAUUAGAAGCUGGGGCAGAUUAUAAUGAUUGAUGCAGAUGACAACUGCAAGGAUGUAAUUGCAACGUUCGCCGGACAACUAGGUCU